GCCAUAGAAAACAAACAUGGCAGCCCCCUUGAUGACGCAUGCCAUGAGGAGAUGUUUAGCACACAGCUGUGCUGUUGCUGUAAGGAGGGGUUUGAGUUCUGGUGCCACUCCUCCAUCUGUCUUCACCAGGCUCUUACUAAAACUCGAUCAUUAUUUCUAUGAUGUGGAGAGCUUUUUAUAUUUGAAAGAGUGGUGGAAGACAAAAAUGGUCACAUACCAGAAUAAGUAUUUUGGUUACGUGCAAAAGAGGUUUGGUGCUCAAGUAGGAGCUGCAUAUUACAUUCUGGCUAUCAAUGGGAGCUUCAGAUUUGCUGGCCAGUCUGAAUGGUUUCGUCCAGACUCAGCAGGAAUGUUCGGCUUCAUGAGGUCCCCUUAUGGACAAAUUGAGGAAGUGGAUCUGAGUGGCACCCUAGUAGACCAUAAUGGACUCGGCAAUCUUAUAUCGCAGAAUAAACUUCAAACUCUCACCUUGCGAGGAUGUCCGGAGGUGGACGACUGGUUCCUUGCACGUCUUCAUGUCUUUGGAGACAGUCUGGUGGAAUUAGACCUCUCUGACUGCACUCAUGUCACUGUAGGAGGGCUUGCUGCAUUACAGAACCUCAGAAAACUAAAACGACUGGACAUUUCUGGACUUCCUCGACUUCAGAGUCCCGCUCUGGUCCGGAUACUAUUGGAGGAAAUGCUACCUCACUGUCAGGUCAUCGGAGUUGAAACUGAGCAGGACAUGAUCCAGCCAGAAAGACAAGAGCCAACAGAAGACGAUGAUGCUUCCACACAGAGUGGACUGAGACGUGCAUAAUGGAGGCUUACGUAGCAUUGUUCCUUACGAAGCUCAAACCACUGUACUGUCGUUUUAACAAAGUGUUGUUCUGAAUCUUAUGUGCAUGUUGCAAAAUGUAUUGUAGAGUAUUGAUCAUAGUUUUGAGACAAACACAAUAAAAGUUUGUGUUAGAAUGUGAAA